AUAAAGGGAGGCAGCAGGCUCCCGAGGAGCACAGCCGCGUCUGGCUGCAGGGCCAAGAGCACCGUCGAGAAAGCCACACCCCCUCUGGGGCCGCAGAAUCGCCACCGUCAGCAGGAGCAACAGGACAGACGCCUAUCACAAGGCACCUUUGAGAACUUCAGGAUGCGGACGUCUCCAGUCUUUGCCUGCCUAGCCCUGGGCCUGGCCCUCGUCUUUGGUGAAGCGUCGGCCUCCCGCCCCCACCAGACUAGAGCAGUGCAACUGGCUACAGACUUCGGAGUGAAGGUGUUUCAGCAGGUGGCAUUGGCCUCCAAGGACCGCAACAUGGUUUUCUCCCCGUAUGGGGUGGCCUCAGUCCUGGCCAUGUUGCAGCUGACAACAGCAGGAGAGACCCGGCAGCAGAUCCAAGAGGCCAUGCAGUUCCAGAUUAAUGAGGAGGGCAUGGCCCCUGCCCUCCGCCAACUGUACAAGGAACUCAUGGGGCCGUGGAACAAGGAUGAGAUCAGCACUGCUGAUGCCAUUUUCGUGCAGCGGGAUCUGAAGCUGGUCCGUGGCUUCAUGCCCCACUUCUUCAGGCUGUUCCAGACCACGGUCAAGCAGGUGGACUUCUCCGAGGUGGAGAGAGCCAGGUUCAUCGUCAACGACUGGGUGAAGAGACAUACAAAAGGCAUGAUUGGUGACUUACUGGGCAGAGGGGCCGUGGAUCAGCUGACGCGCCUGAUGCUGGUGAAUGCCCUCUACUUCAACGGCCAGUGGAAGACACCCUUCCCCGAGUCGGGCACCCACCACCGCCUCUUCCACAAAUCCGACGGCAGCACCAUCUCUGUGCCCAUGAUGGCUCAAACCAACAAGUUCAACUACACCGAGUUUUCUACCCCCGACGGCCGUUACUACGACAUCCUGGAAUUGCCCUACCACGGGGACACUCUCAGCAUGUUCAUUGCUGCUCCUUAUGAGAAAGAGGUGCCUCUCUCUGCCCUCACCGACAUCCUGGAUGCCCAGCUCAUCAGCCAGUGGAAAGGGAAUAUGACCAGGCGCCUCCGCCUCCUGGUUCUGCCCAAGUUCUCCCUGGAGAGCGAAGUCAACCUCCGGGGGCCCCUGGAGAACUUGGGGAUGACCGACAUGUUUAGGCCACACCAGGCGGACUUCUCGAGUCUUUCAGAUCAAGAGGGACUGUAUGUGUCCCAGGCACUGCAAAAAGUGAAGAUCGAGGUGAAUGAGAGUGGCACGGUGGCAUCUUCCUCUACAGCCAUCAUCGUCUCAGCCCGAAUGGCCCCCGAGGAGAUCAUCAUGGACAGACCCUUCCUCUUUGUGGUGCGGCAUAACCCCACCGGAACGGUCCUUUUCAUGGGCCAAGUGAUGGAACCCUGACCGUGAGAAAAGCAGCCCUCAUCUGGGACAGAACUGGAGAUGUAUCCGAGAAAGAAGGAACUCCAAAGGGGAAAAAUAUAUAUAUAUUUUAAUUAACUUUUCUGGAAGAAAAAAAAGGCAUUUGCCUUUUUUUUUUUUAAGAGAAAAAAAAGGUAAAUCUUUCAAAUCUGCCUCCCAGACCUCAGCCUCUCCCAGGAGUGGGGAAGAGGACCUUUCAGUAAAACUCUCUCAUGGAGCCCCCAGGAGAGACUCCGAAGCACAGCUGGGUCUCCACACCAGACUGUAAAACUCUGUACAACCCACCAGCACAGCUGCUUCUGCCCAGCGCUCUGCCCUCCGGGUCUUCGGACCUGGACCCUGCUGAGACCCUGGCAGGAUGGCACCCCAAGGCUUAUGGGAGCUUUUGUGUGCUUGGUAGAAACGAUUUGUGUUCCAGUCACGUUGCUGUCACUCUCACACUGCCUUCCACUGCUAAGGAGGCUGGCGGCGAGCCAAAGGCCAGUGGGAGAGGCGCCCUUUCAGCUCGAGGUCUGUGCUGCCCCAGCUCAGAGGUCACGCGGAUGGGCAGUGCCCCUGCCCACCCCGUGUGGAAACCCGCCCUGGCUUGGCCGUCUCCCUCCCAAGAAACAGUGUGCGUAUGUUCUUUUGGAGUGCAGGUGACUUGUUUACUCAUAGGAGCGGGUUUCUGCUUCCCACUAACUUUAUUUUGGAGGAAUGGAGGAAGAAAAGUGAGAUGUGUGCCUGGCUCUUGGCUCUCAACUCCUGGUGGGGAGGAUGGGAUGCCAGGGAUGUGCUUCAGUAUUUAUUACAUCCUCGUCCUUGUGUGCUUGUGAGAGAGAACGAGGAUGCUCAAGAAAAACGUAUUAUAUGAACUUGCUUGUAAUGUUCCCUGGUGGUCUGUGUCUUGCAUCUCAGGAGUCUGGCCCCUUAACUAGCUGCCCCUCUGGGCGGCAAGCGUGGUGGGGCCCACACUGCCACCUUGUGGCUUCCCGAGCCCGAUGGCUCCUCUCCCUUCCUGGCCCUUCCACUUGAUGGCUAAGACCCCCGCCAAGAUUAUCCACCUUUAGGGACCAAAAGGAUGUGGUGGGUCAGAGAGACUACAGCGAGGACAGAGUAGUUUCAAAAUUUUCCAAUAUAUUUAGGAACAGGAGAGCAAGGGGCUGCACGACCUAGCAGGACGGAACUUUCCCCAAUUACAGGGUGAUUCACAGCCGCAUUGGUGACUCACUUCGAUGUGUCAUUUCCGGCUGCUGUGUGCAAGCAGUGGACACGUGAGAGAGGGUGAGAGAGAUUGAGAGAGAGAGGAGAAUGAGAGAGACCAUGAGCUUGAACUUAACUACCCUAGCUAGAUAAUCUUUCUGAAAACCAGCAAGCUAGAGGCCAUGGUAUGAAGACCAAUUUGUUAAAGAAUUGCACAGAGAUGUCGAAUGAAUGAAUGUAAUCCAAAUAGGACCCUAAUAACCUCCCUCCCCCACCCCCGUGCUCUUCAGUGAAAAAUCUUUGUUCUUUGUUUGUUUGUUUCUCAUAAUGCACUGGACAUGACAGCUACACACAGUACCCAUAAGGAUACCCAAAUGUGGGGUCCAACAUUCUUGAAGUUGUGUUGAAUCAUAUGCUUUUUCACUUUUGAUAUAUAAACGAGUAAAAUAUUUAAAAAAAAUAAUAAAAUAAAUUAAUUAAAAUAUUCCAAAA